AUGGCGUACCAACUCCGCGGCGGCGGCGGCGGAGUCGCCCCGGACCUGAAUCCGCUGCCUCCAGAAGGCGGUGAGCAGGCGCCUCCCCCGGCGGCGGAGGUGGACCGCAUCUCGUCGCUGCCGGAGAAGGCGCGGCUGCGCAUCCUGAGCUUCCUCCCGCUCAAGGCGGCGGUGAAGUUGGGGAUGGUCUCCAACAGGUGGUCGCAUCUCGUGAACACUCCACAGUGGCCGUGCGACUCCAUCCUCGCGAUCCACAUCCGCCCCGCGACGCAGGGGCCGUGUGGCUGCCUCGUCCCCACACACAUCCGCUCCGACCAAAUCAUGCCGCUGCUGGCUAACGAGCUGGGCCGCCGCGGCCGGGGCUCGGGCCACCGCCUCCUCCGCCUCUUCCUCAAGGUCGACGACGCCCAGACGCGCCCCGCCGACUUCUACUCCCUCCUCGACUACGCCGCCGACUGCGACGUAGAGGACCAGCAAUUCUUCGUCAACGUGGGGCUGGGGCCGCCCGAGGUAUCGUUCAACUUCCAGCGGGCAAGCUACCGGCUCUUGCGCUUGGUGCUCUUCGGCGUCGGCGUCAACGAGGCCCAUCGUCGACCUAUGAGCCAGGUCCGCUCCAUCAACACGCUCGAGGUCAUUUGCAUCCGGUCCACCAGCCUCGGCGACCUCGACCUCAAAAGGGUACUCCUCCUGUGCCCCCGCCUCCGCACCCUCAUCCUGCGCAACUGCCGCGUCCUCACCUGCGUUGAUGUCACGGCUGCAAGCAAGCGCCUGGUGAGGCUCACCGUCGCGGAGUGCCCCCAGGUCGACAAAAUCAGUGUCAGCACCGCCUUAGGCCUCCAUUCCUUCAGCUACAGCGGCGGCUUCCUCCGGUCCGUGUCCCUCCCUCCAAACUGCUUGGGGGAUCUCUACAUCUGCUUCACGAAAACGACAUUUGUCGACCCGAUGCAGUACCACAACUGGCUCGAUGCACUCCCAAAUCUCUCCUACCUCUUCAACCUCACCAUAUGCAGCAAUGCUCUCAGGCUUAUGUCUGGCUUGCGUAGCAGGGGAAAUUUCCAGCCCCAGGUGGCCAAGUUGAGCAACCUGCAGAAUUUGAGAGAGCUGCAGCUGGUCAUGUAUGGAAUGAAGACCGCCAUGCUCUCCUACAUGUAUGAAUUCCUCGGGAUGUGCCGUUGUUCUCGGCUGAGAAAUCUCUUCGUGGAGCUCCCAAAAGCCAGAACUGAUUCCUUCGUGGAUGCUGUCAGCUGGUUGGCCGAAGAGCCACCCAUGGAUGGCUUCGAGAACCUUGUGAAGGUAAAGAUAACCAACUUCAAGUGGCAGUGCAAUGAGAUUGAGCUGGUGCACUUUUUGUUCAGAAAGGCCAGGUCCCUCCAGAAGCUGAUACUAGUUGUUCCUAAGGGGACAAAUCCAGACAGGGAUCAGUCAGGCAAUGCCAUUUUCCCAGAUUUAAGCCUGCUGUGCCUCGAGAAAGCUCCAGAGAAUGUCGAGGUACAAGUGCUCAAUACUUGCGAAAUAUCAUCAUAUUGGUAUGGCUGUAUGCAUGGGGAAGCAGAUGCUAGUGAAAUAUCGCAUCAACUUCUGCAAAUAAAAGUUGUCCACUUGACAGUAUCUGAUGUGGUGUUCUCAGGAACAGAACCACCGAGCUGCUUUGUGAGCAUGAAAGCGGACAUAGAAUUUUGA